AUGGAGAUAGUGGUCGAACAGGGAUAUGUGGCAAAGAACAUCACUGCAAUGUUGUAUAAGUCUCUGAAAGAUAAAACAGAUGUAGGACUGAGGAUGCUUCACACAGACAAGGAUGCAAUGGACAUGGCUAGAUUUGAAAUGAGGGAUAAUAUGGUGGAGCUUUUUGUUGUUCACAAAGAUGGUGCUACUGCUAGGAAAGGCUGCACCAUUGAGGAAGUUGAAGAGAUAGAUGGUGAUGAGGCUGCUGCACCCACUGCAGGGACUAUUGGGCCUAGUCCAAUUGUGCUGCAAAAGGCCCAAUCAUCUGCUCAGGUCAAUGUGGGUAAGAAGCCCAAGGUGGUGACAGAAGCCCAAAAUGAUAUGUUGGAUGAUGAUGAUGAAGAAAGGUCAGAGAGGUCAGAUUUUUCAGGUGAUGAUGAAUCUGAGGAUGAUGACUACCAGCCAGGGAAUGAUGAUGAGGGAGACAGUGAUGAACAAUGGAGUGAAAACAGCUCUGGAGAUAGUGAUAUGGAGGUUGCAUUUGAUGACAGCGAUGAUGAUUGGAAUGGUGAUAGGGGUUUGUAUGAUGUUGAUAUCACAACUACGAAAGAUUCUCAAAAGAUGAAACAGAGUGUUCCAACUGAGAGCGUACAAGGAGAAUUUAGUGGCAGUGUUAACAAGAAAAAAGAGCAAGUGGUGGAUGCUGGACAAAGGGAUGAAGAUGAUGGAUAUGAGAGUGAGGAGUUGUGGGAUGUCCCUGUAAGUGAUGAUGAAGGGGAUCCCUUGUUGAGGAAGUACCCGUUGUAUAAGAUUUUGAAGAAUAUGAAGGAGUAUAAAUGGGAGGUUGGGACAAUAUACGUAGAUAGAAAUGCUUUUAAGGAAUGUGUAACUAGCUAUGCUGUGCACAGUGGCAGAGGAAUAUGGUUCUCAAAGUGUGAUAGCCAUAGGUGCAAAGCUGUUUGCAAAGAAAGUUGCAAGUAG